AUGGCGACAUGGGGAAAUCUGACUCAGUGGCUUUCCUUGAAAUCCAAGAAAGCAAAUCCUUACUAUAUGGCCAUAGCAAUCGCCCUCUGCUCAAUUUCCUACCUAAUCGGAAUCUGGCAUCACGGCUCCAGCGCCGGUGCCGGCGGCAUCCUUCUUCCGGCAAUACCCUGCACUUCCGAGUCCGGCGCCCCCAAACGCAUCUUCCACAACUCCACCGCCAAAACCCUCGAUUUCGCCGCCCACCACACCGCCGAAAAUCUCACCCCAGUCGCACCGGCGGCGCGUGCAGUCCACUUUCCGCCCUGCGACCCCAAAUUCUCCGAGUACACGCCCUGCGAGGACACGGAGAGGUCCCUGAAAUUCGACCGGGAAAUGUACAUCUACCGGGAGCGCCACUGCCCGGAGAAGGCGGAGAUUUUGAAGUGCCGGAUUCCGGCGCCGCCCGGCUACCGUACGCCGUUUCGGUGGCCGGAGAGCCGGGACUUCGUGUGGUACGCGAACGUCCCCCACAAGCAUCUGACGGUGGAGAAGGCCGGCCAGAAUUGGGUCCGGUUCAACGGCGACCGGUUCCACUUUCCCGGCGGCGGCACGAUGUUCCCCCGCGGCGCCGACGCCUACAUCGACGACAUCGGAAAAUUCAUUAACCUCCGCGGCGGCUCUAUCCGAACCGCCAUUGACACCGGCUGCGGGGUCGCAAGCUUCGGAGCUUACUUGCUAUCUCGGGACAUCCUAACAAUGUCGUUCGCUCCCAAAGACACGCACGAAGCGCAAGUGCAAUUUGCACUCGAGCGAGGGGUACCGGCGCUUAUAGGCAUCAUAGCAUCCAUUAGGCUACCGUAUCCGGCAAGAGCUUUCGACAUUGCCCAUUGCUCGCGAUGCCUAAUUCCUUGGGGGCAAUACGAUGGACUUUACAUGAUGGAAGUCGACCGGAUUCUCCGGCCGGGAGGGUAUUGGAUCCUCUCGGGGCCGCCGGUAAACUGGCAGAGCCACUGGAAAGGGUGGAAGCGAUCAAAGGAUGAACUGAGGGCCGAGGAGGCCGGAAUAGAAAACAUCGCCAAAAGCCUUUGCUGGCGAAAAUUGGUGCAGAAAAAGGAUAUGGUGAUUUGGCAGAAACCGACAAAUCAUGAGGAUUGUAAGACCAGCCGGAAAAUCAUCAAGAAGCCGGAAUUCUGCCGGAGCCAAAAUCCGGACAGGGCCUGGUAUACCAAAAUGGAGCUUUGCCUGACGCCGCUGCCGGAAGUUUCCAGCGCCGGAGACAUUGCUGGCGGAGAGAUUGAGAAAUGGCCCGCCAGGCUGACGGCGGUGCCACCGAGGAUUUUGUCAGGGAGUCUCGCCGGAGUCUCGCCGGCGAGCUUCCGGGGCGACACGGAGCUCUGGAAAAACAGGAUUUCGCACUACAAAUUAAUCGAUCCCCGGCUGGUGGAGCGCGGCCGGUACCGGAAUAUCCUGGACAUGAACGCCGGCGUGGGGGGGUUCGCGGCGGCGCUGGCGGCCGCCGGCGAGGCGGUGUGGGUGAUGAACGUCGUCCCCGUGGAGGCGGCGAACGACACGCUGGGAGUGAUCUACGAGCGGGGGCUGAUCGGGACGUAUCAGAGCUGGUGCGAGGCGAUGUCGACGUAUCCUCGGACGUACGAUUUGAUCCACGGCGCCGGAAUAUUCUCGAUGUACGAGGGGAGGUGCGCCAUGGAAGAGAUAGUGGUGGAGAUGGACAGGAUUCUGCGGCCUGAGGGCGGCGUGAUAAUCCGGGACGACGUCGACGUGGUGGCGAGGGUGAAAGCCAUAGCAGACGGUCUGCAAUGGGACACACGAAUGACGGACCAUGAAGGAGGCCCGCUUGUCAGGGAGAAGCUGCUCGUCGCCACUAAGCAGUAUUGGACAGCCCCGGGAAGACGAUGAUG